AUGAUGAACUCUGGGUUCCUUAACUUUGCUGUCAACAUUCCAAAGUUGGAACACUUUGAAGGCGUGGGCUUUCGCAGAUGGCAAAAGAAGAUGAAGUUCCUCCUUGCGGCCCUGAAUGUGGAAUAUGUGUUGAGCACCCCGAAGCCAGUGGAGCAAGAGAAUGAGACGCUUGAAGUCACCCGUCGCCGACUCAAAUGGGAGAAUGAUGAUCUCGCCUGCCGUGGCCAUAUUCUGAACGGUAUGUCUGACACCCUUUUUUAUAUUUAUCAAUAUGAGGAAUCCUCUAAGGAUCUGUGGGAUGUGCUUGAGGCAAAAUAUAUAUCUGAGGAUGCCUCUAGCAAGAAAUUCCUGGUAAGUGAAUUCAAUGAAUUCAGAAUGGUGGACAAUCGCUCAGUCAUGGAACAAUUCCAUGAGAUUGUCAGAAUCCUUGGACAGAUAAGGCACCAUGGCAUGAAUAUGGAUGACUCCAUUGCCAUUGCCAGUAUUAUAGACAAGUUGCCACUUUCAUGGAAUAAGGUACAUCGUGCCUUGAUGCAAAGGAAGGAAGAACUUACCAUGGAGCAACUGGGUUCCCACCUGUAUGUGGAGGAAGGGAUCAGACAGAAAGAGAGUAAGAAAAAGAGCGGUGGGAGGUUAAUCGGAGCUUCGGGUUCUACCAUCAACUUUGUUGAUGAAGGCAACCCAUAUGGGAACCGCAAAGGGAAAGGGAAACCGGGAAAGACCUCAAAAUCUUCUAAGUUUAAGAAGAAUGGAAAAGGGAAAGGAAAGGCAUGGGUUAAGUUUAAGAAGAAUGGAAAAGGGAAAGGAAAGGCAUGGGUUAAAUGCUAG